GAAAAUGCACUUGUUUUGAAGAACCGCUGCAGCGCAUCCACCGCUGCUAUCCUCCAGCUUUAAACACCUGCCAUCUGCCAGGGCUGCCAGUUUGCGCGACAUUGACGUAAACAGCAUGACGCUCUUAAUGAGAUUUAUUUUAGAGUUUUUUGCGAAACUCGUUUCCGACAAAAGAAAACUAAAAUAAAGCAUCUGCCCGGCAGUUUUGGACCAACACUUUCUGUGUUUAGUAAGGAGGUUCUGUAAUGUUCCCCCUUCCAGCAAGCCGUAAAGCGGCGUGCCGUAUUCCGGUCCGUGGAUGUUGUGGAGCUGCUCUGGUAGCAGGAUGUGGAGGUUCAUAUUGAACUCUUUGCCGUGUUUUCUGCUGUUGUUGGUCCAGCGACGGGCGUUUGCUCUGCAGGAUGUCACCGCGGAGCUUUUCGGGGCCGACAAGCACGGGACGGUGGCGGCGUUCGGCGACUUCAACUCGGAUAAACAGACCGACAUCUUCAUCAUCAGGGAGCAGUCUGAACUGGUGAUUUUCUUGGCUGACUCCACUUCUCCUUACUUCAAGCCCAAAGUUAACAUCUCCAAGGAUGUUCUCCCACAGGGCGCCGUCAUCACCAGCGUAGUUCCUGGGGAUUAUGAUGGAGACUCUCGGAUGGACGUCCUUCUCACGGCUCAGAUCAAUUCUCCAGAGACAUCCGUUUUUGUCUUUUGGGGAAACAACAACACACUGGAAACUGCAAGGGGUCUUACCCUGAAUGUUACCUUUACAGAUCAGCCUCUUGUUAUGGAUUUCAAUGGCGACAUGAUUCCAGAUGUUUUUGGGGUGUCCACCUCUCUGAAAACUACAGUCUGUUAUCUUACCAAAAGGGUUUUAAAGUGCCAGGAUGCUCUUAAUUCAUUGGUUAAAAUGCGCAUUCCUCACUCUAACGCUUUCAUUGACCUCAACAAGGACUUCACUGCUGAUUUGUUCCUGACAACUGAAGACGGGAGGUUUGAAACUUGGCUCAAUAAGGAUGGGGUCUUUACCAAGGGAGAAGAUGUCCCUAAGCCAGCUGUAAAAACCAUCGGGCAGUCCUCCUUUGUUGACUUUGACGGCGAUGGCUAUCAGGACCACCUUCUCCCCGCAUGUUUAGAUGACGGCUGUCGGCAGAGUGUCAUCUACCUGGCCAGGCGGAGUUCUGCAGAGUGGGUGCCGGUCCUGUCAGAUUUCAAACAGAGGGACACAGUCUGGGGCUUUGUACCGGGAACCACCAGCCUACCUCUGGUUCUGCAUCUGGGAGACUACAACCUGGACGGCUUCCCUGAUGCGCUUGUGAUCCUCCGCAACACCAGCGGCAGUGAUCAGCGGGCCUUCCUACUGGAGAACGUUCCCUGUAAGAUCCCCAGCUGCAGUAGUGUUGGACGAAUGUUUCACAUCCACUGGGACCAGACGGAUCUGGGAGCAAUCCAGAAGGCUGUCAUGGCUACUUUCUUUGACAUCUACGAGGACGGAAUAUUAGACAUGCUCAUCCUGAGCCGGGCAGAGGACAAAAAGGACUUAAUGAUCCACGCAUUGAAGAACAAUUUCGAAGCUGAUGCCUAUUUUGUUAAAGUGAUGGUGCUCAGCGGCCUCUGCUCUAAUGCCUGUCCUGAAGAUGUCAAGCCUUUUGGUGUGAAUCAGCCCGGCCCGUAUGUCAUGUACACCACGGUGGACUCUAAUGGCUACUUGAAGAAUGCCUCAGCUGGCCAGCUGAGCCAAUCAGCUCAUUUCUCCCUGCAGCUGCCCUACACCGUGCUGGGCCUUGGACGCAGCGCCAACUUUCUGGAUCACCUCUUUGUCGGCAUUCCCAGGCAGCACGGAGAGACGGAGAUAAGGAAGCAGGAGUGGACAGCCAUCAUUCCCAACUCUCAGCUCAUCGUUAUUCCCUACCCACGCAACAAUCCCCGCAGCUGGAGCGCCAAGCUAUACCUGACUCCCAGCAACAGCGUCCUGCUGACGGCCAUCGCUCUGAUCGGAGUGUGCGUCUUUAUCCUGGUGAUUAUCGGCGUCCUGCACUGGAAAGAGAAGAAAGCGGACGACAGAGAGAAGAGGCAGGAAGCCCACCGCUUCCAUUUCGAUGCCAUGUGAAGGAGCAGAGCAGCGUCACGGAGGAACAUCCUCUGCUCCGUCAGCCACUCGUUCAGACACGCACGCAUUAUGACCCAGACUCAUUUCAAGGGCCGAUAAAUUGAUACUUGUGCGCCCUAAAGCGGUUCUUCUUUUAUCCUUUUCAGUCAAUGAGUCGGAUGUGAAAUAUUUAUGUCGCAUUUGAUUUAUUCAUUCCAGUGUUAGAAGCAUGGCCGCUGCAACAAGGCCCCAGAGACACCCUACCAGGGAUUACUGCGCAGAUUGGAGCAGUGAUUUCUCAGGACUGACUGUAGUUAACAGGGAGAGAUUUAUGUUUAACUCCAACCUGCUUCUGUUCAUUGGUAUGUUUUUUUAUUUAGGUAAAACCUUCAUUGGUUGGGACAAAUGUAAAAAGGGUUUAAAUUUAACUUGAAAUCCAUGCGACUGCUUUUCAUCUUUGUAGAUUUCUAUUCACUUCUGGUUCCUUUAGAGAAUUUAAACAGAUCGGAACGCCCUGAUAUUGAUUUCACCAGAAGCAAAACUGGGCCUGCACAAUGUGUCGAAGCUUCCUGCCUCGCCAAAACCGAUGAACGGCUUCCCGGUUUGCUGAGUGCAAAUUCCUUUUUUCCCCCCAGCUGAUUGUGUCACAGCUUUUCACGAAGGUGCAAUAAAAAAAAAAGUAUCCUGCAAACAUGUAACACUUCUGCACCCAGGCUGAGGGAGAAGUCUAAAAACUGUCCGUCCUGCUGAGCGAAGCACGCUUUACCCUGACUGGAAGUGUGUUUCUGUGUUCUGUUUAAGCUUGAUGGAGCCAAGCCCUCUGACUUGUCAUGUUAUUUAUUUUCCAAGGAGGAGCUCGUGCCAUGGAGGUUGUCUGCACUUUUUUAACUGAAUCAUUAAUUGUGGGUGUAUUUACUGUAAUUCGUUUUUUGUGUUGUGGAUUCAGCUUGCAAAUGAAUGUUUAGGCGACUAACUGUGUUAACUUUACGGUGGCUGUGAAUAAAGGUUUCUGCUUGAG